CUAGCUCUGGGUGAAGUCUGGACUCCGCCCGCAGCGUUCACGCUGGUCUCCGCGACUUGCUGACGCACCCUGCGAUGCCGCUCUCCGGCGGCGAGCCCUCGCCCUACUUUGAGUGGGAGUACAAGGGCCUGAAUAGCGCCAGCGACACCGGCUGGCGUCCCGCGCCGCUCUUGCUCGAGCACCUGCGCAACAACCAUCCCGAUCUGAAAGUGCUCAAUCUCGAUGGGCGAGGGCUCGGCGACGAGGCCGCAAUGCCUCUUGUGCGCGCGCUCGAAGAGAACACGACGGUCACGUCGCUCCGCCUGGGCCGGAAUCAGAUGGACGAGGCACUGGGUGCGCUCGCCGAGAUCCUCAAAACCAACGCCUCGGUCACGAGCGUGGACGUGCGACAGAACGACAUGGGCGCUGGUGUGGCGGCGAGCUGGGCGGCGCUGCUUGCUACCAACGCGACGCUGACGGAUCUCAACCUCAGCAGCAACCAAAUCGGCGCCAGCGCCAAGGACCUCGCCGAGGCGCUCGGCAAGAACUCGACGCUGCGCACGCUCUCCGUCGAGGACUGCGGCAUUGAGGACG